UCACUUCACUGCACAACGACGCCACUACAGUUCCGUUCGAAUGGGCUAUACCUCAGGAAAUUACGUCAGCGCAGAGAAUAAUAUGGCGUCUGCAAUGGCUAUGGACUCCAUAGACAAACAGUAUUUUGAUAUCCAGUUAAAAGAACGACAAAUUGAAGCCGCAGGGGGAUUCUAAAUGGACGAUAAGGAAUCUUCGGCGAUGCUUUUUUAUUGUCCUUUUUCUUGAUCUCGGCUAUAAACCCGCACCCCAUGUCAGAAGGAGCCAGGUCUGUCUGGUCGAAGAGGGGUUGUGGGGACUCGCAGCGCCGAGAUCAGGGCAAACUUAAACAAAGGAAAUGUGAGCGUCCCCUCACCAUGCUGUCAGCUAAACUCGAGACUGGCCUYGAGGCCCCCAAAAGGUGUGUGAUGUCGGGGGGGGAGGUGGAGGUGUACCUGUCCCAGGUUCAUGAUGGAAGCGUGUCCUCAGGGUUCCGGGCGCUGUACGAGGAGAGGCUCCUAUUGGACGUCACGCUGCUGAUAGAGGAACACCACUUCCAUGCACACAAGGCCCUGCUGGCGACCCAGAGUGACUACUUCCGGGUCAUGUUCACAGCAGACAUGAGAGAGAGAGACCAGGACAAGAUCCACAUGAAGGGGUUAACGGCUGCCGGCUUCGGCCACGUCCUGAGGUUCAUGUACUACGGUUCACUGGAGCUCAGCAUGGUCACUGUGCAGGAGAUACUACAGGCUGCAAUGUAYGUCCAGCUGACGGAGGUGGUAGAGUUCUGCUGUUCCUUCCUGCUGUCUAAGAUCUGUCUGGAGAACUGUGCCGAGGUGAUGAGGCUUCUGGAGGACUUCAGCGUGGGGGUGGAGGGCGUGCAGGAGCAGCUCGACAACUUCCUGCUGGAGAACUUUGUUCCUCUGAUGAGCAAACCUGACUUCCUGCUCUACCUCAGCCUGGAGAGACUGCAGGUGUGGUGGAAGAACUACGUUAGCGGCGUCAUGAGGCAGAAGCGUAGAGACUGGACGACAGUGUCUGUGUGUUCCAUCGGCGGCGGUCGUGUCGCGGCAGGCCUGGACAGACUCAUACAGCUCUAUCUCUGGGAACCGACUCAGGGCAUCACUGUCCAGGUGUGGUGGGAGUUGGAAGGUCCCCAGGUCCCUCUCCGACCAGACUGCUUGGCCAUCGUCAACAACUUUGCCUUCCUGCUGGGGGGGGAGGAGCUAGGGCCUGACGGGGAGUUCCACGCCUCCUCUAAAGUCUACCGCUACGACCCCCGCCAGAACUCCUGGCUACGCAUGGCCGACAUGUCUGUGCCCAGGUCAGAGUUUGCAGUGGGGGUUAUUGGUAAGUUCAUCUACGCGGUGGCUGGGCGGACGCGGGAUGAGACCUUUUACUCCACGGAACGCUAUGACAUCACGGCAGACCGCUGGGAGUUUGUGGAUCCGUACCCAGUCAACAAGUACGGUCACGAGGGCACGGUCCUGAAUGGUAAGCUCUAUAUCACCGGAGGAAUCACCUCCUCGUCCACCUCCAAACAGGUGUGUGUGUUCGACCCGGGGCGGGACGAGGGGGGAGGGGUGUGUCUUUUCGACCCGGGGCGGGACGCGGGGGGAGGGGUGUGUGUGUUCGACCCUGGACGGGAGGCAGGGGGAGGGUUGUGUGUAGCAGGCUCUGCGGGAGCRGGAACAACGGACACACACAGGACACGUUCAGCCCGUACUCCCCUCCUCCCCAACACACACACCAGCUGCUGGGAGAACAAGGCGAAGAUGAAUUACGCUCGCUGCUUCCACAAGAUGAUCUCCCACAACGGGAAGCUGUACGUGUUYGGGGGGGUGUGUGUGAUCCUCCGGGCGUCAUUCGAGUCGCAGGGCUGCCCGUCCACGGAGGUUUACGACCCUGAGACAGACGAGUGGACCAUCCUGGCGUCGAUGCCCAUCGGGCGCAGUGGGCACGGCGUUGCGGUGCUGGACAGACAGAUCAUGGUACUGGGGGGCCUCUGCUAUAACGGACAUUACUCCGACUCCAUCCUGACCUUUGACCCCGAUGACAACAAGUGGAAAGAGGAYGAGUAUCCCAGGAUGCCUUGCAAACUGGAUGGGCUGCAGGUCUGCACUCUGCACUUCCCCGAGUACGUCCUGGAGCACGUCCGGCGCUGCAGCUGAGGUCUGGUUCAGUUCAGACACACCCCUUUAAGGUUUGGGAAUGCCCCCUUUUAAGACCGACUCCUCCURCAGGCUCCAGGCGUGGAGGUGGAGGAUUGGUGUUUACAGGUGUGACACUAACACUCUAACACAGAAGCUUUUYAACUAGACACAGACUGAGCUAAACAUGCCAUAGUAAUCUGUCCUCACGGGCAGAAAAUUGAGCUUUGCUAAUGAUCAGUGAUGGUGGGCAAGUCAAGCUGAUCUGUUUCAAAAUAAGCUUUUCAGAAAAAGGGAAGAAUUGAGAAAAGAUUUUUCAUAAUUCAGCUGGUUUAUUUUGGACUGAGGUCAGUUUCAUAUUGUUGUUAUUAUGAUUCCGUUUCAGCCUACAGUCCUACAAGCCCUGUCUGACUGAACCAAUAAUGUGUAUAAACCCUGGAUGACUGACAGUGGGGUGCUGUAUUGAAGCCAUUUUGGUACUACAGUGUAAAAAAAGAUUUGGGAAGCUAUARAAAUAAAUGUUUCAAUGUCUACACGUUUUUUACUAGUAUAAUAUAAUAUAUGUUAAUUAUGUGAACUAAACAUACAAAAAAAAGUUUUAUAAAAACAUAUUCCAUAAAGUAAGUGCUUUAGAGGGUACUAAUGUUACUGUCCCCACUACAACAAGGAAAUACUUAAAUACAUGUGAUUUUGUCAAUUUUAUUGGGAAAUUAAUAGCAUCAGCAAUCCAGGGUUUAUUGACGUCAUUGGUCUGAACCAUGUCUGUCUGUAUGUCUCAACCAUGCUGUGUCAUGUUCAUGUGAUGUCAUGUAGUCUCUCUAAUAACCCUUUCUCUGAUGCUGCUUUCAAGACAACUGGGAACUCGGAAAUCUCCUACCUGUGACUUCAAGACGUGCGUUCAAGACAGCUGGGAAAUCGGGGGGGAGCGAGCUCCGACUGGGAAAAAUAGUUUUGAACGGUCAUCUAACUCGGAAUUCGAAAGUCGGAAACUCUGGGAUCAUCCUAAAGCUCUGACUUUCCAAUCUGAAGAUCACUGACGUCAUGAUUUGACCUUCCCAGUUCUCUUGAAAGCACCAUUAGUCUGUGGAGCUGGAGUGUGUGUGUGUGUGUGUGUGUGAUACAUGAAUGAGCAAAAUAGAAAAAAAUAUGCAUUCAUCAUACUAUUGGGAUUGUGAGAAAGAUGAUCAUGGUGAUGAUUUAGUGUUGUCAUGACUACACUGCAAUAACACUGUCCUGCUGACAGAGAGCCAUGUAACAGUUCAGAGGUCAGGGAUGACUGCAGUGUGAAGGUCCCCGUCUCUCUGGCAGUACUGUAUGUAAGAUUUCACUUUAUUUAUUGACGUUAACCAUCUGCUCGGAGUGUUGCUGUGGCAAACUACUGGAGGGUGUGUUAGAUUGUAGGAGUUGGCCCCAGAAAUGUACCAGAAAAAAACUUUUGAUUCAAAAAAUAAAAUAAGUUGAUACAGAAAAGGAGUUAAUAUUAAAGAUCAAUUUGAAAUAGGCUCAAAACUCCCAGUAACGCAUUAACUAUUUUUGCUUGAUCAUAUUUUGAGUGUCGAAGGUGAUCUGGCUAACUUAUGGAUCCUACUUUGUAAAGCCCUACCCUGGCUUAGUCCUGUCUGUCUGUCUGUCUGUCUGACGGAGCCAGCUGCAGCAUAUGAACCUGCUCAUCUCUCCUUCUUUUCAUGAGCAACAAUGAAAAGGGCUAAAGCACGUUCUUCUGCAGUUCU